AGCGUGCCCUGACGGAAGCCGAUUUCUUUGUGUAACUCGUCGCAAGACUCGCAAUACACAACAAUUCCCGGCCAUCUGGGCUGGGCCCCACUUCCAUCCCCUAUUCCCAAUUCCAGCGAGGCGGUCAAUCAUAAUACAUCACGUGGAAUAUUCCCUAUUUCUGGUGGCCGUUAAAAUCUUAUGAUCCAUAUCAACGGUUAGGAUUGUCUCUACGAACUCGAAUUGACGUGAUAAUGCGUUGCGGCCUGAGGGAGGUUGGAGCAGGAAAAGAAAAGCAGAAAAUUUGAAGCGUGAUAAUGAAGUCGGAACUGAAACAUCACAUUCACAAUCACAGGCACCACCUGUCCAAAUCUCGAGACAAGCCGGUGCCGUCCUUUCGGUGGCUUCGCCUUGUGUCCAGACCCCAGAGCCCAGAUGUGUCGGUAGCUUCUUCCCCUUGCGCCAAUCUCCGUCGACAGGUGUCGAUUCCAAUGCUUUUGUCCAUCUCCUUUGUCCUUUUUUGCUCAAAAACGAAUAAAAAAAAUUAGAAAAAGAAAAAGAAAGAGCGAACACAGUUCCUCCCUCCCUCUUCUGAUCGCUACAAUCGCCGAUUGGGAUUAUUCUCCGUUUUGUGGACUGUUAUUCUUGUCUUCGUAACUCUGUGUGCGCAGUAGCUGGUUCGUUCGCUUUGAGAGAGAGAGAGAGAAUGGCAGAUUGGGGUCCAGUGGUGAUAGCAGUGGUGUUGUUCGUGCUGUUAACGCCGGGGCUGGUGUUCCAGCUGCCUGGGAGGAACAGAAUAGUGGAGUUCGGCAACAUGCAGACGAGUGGGGUGUCCAUAUUGGUCCACGCCGUCAUCUAUUUCGCUCUCAUCACCAUCUUCCUCAUUGCCAUCGGUGUUCAUAUCUAUACUGGCUAAUUAUUAACCCUCGCUUUUCUUUUCUUGUUAUUCUUUUUAGCUUCGUUCCGUUUCCCCCCCUUUUUCUCUCGGUAUGUGCUCUGCUGUCUUCCUGUCGUUCUUGAUUUUGAGGGACCCCUGUUGUUUAUCAACUUUUGACUUGUUAUUUGAUCACUGCUACAACUCCACUACUUACAUCAGUACGUGUUUCCUUUUUCUUUUGUUAAUGGAAUUGCUUUUGCUUUCUUUUUUAAUUUUCAUCUCGCAAAUCAUACUCGAUUUGUGAUAGAAAAUGGUAGCUUUGUGGGUGUUGUGUGAUUUUGUUUGAUAGUGGGAUUGCAACCUCGCUAUAACAUCUA